UAGAAAUUUUUUAUUCAAAGGUACAUCUAACCAAGUUAUCAGUUAUCAUAAAAUGUCUUCUUAUUCAACUGUUAAAGCUGCCAACUGGAGAUACGUGGAAUUAGGCCGUGUUGUCUUGGUUAACAACAAGGACUUAGCCACCAUUGUUGAAAUCAUCGACCAAAGAAGAGUUUUGGUUGAUGGACCAAACUUCCAAAGACAAGCCAUCUCUUUGGGAAGAGUUGUCUUGACCCCACUCAUUUUGUCUAACUUGCCAAGAGGUGCCAGAUCUGGUACUGUUGCUAAGAAGUGGGCCUCUGCUGACAUUGAGUCUAAGUGGGCUGCUUCCUCAUGGGCCAAGAAGUUGGCUGCUAAGCAAAAGAGAGCUGGAUUAUCUGACUUUGAAAGAUUCCAAGUGUUGGUGUUGAAGAAGCAAAACAGAUUUGCCGUUAAGAAAGCUGUUGCUAAAGCCUAAAUAUUGAAAGAAAAGAUUUCCGAAAGAUAACUUCUAAUAAACUGUAUUUCUAGUUUUGAGACAUCAUGAUUAGGGCUUUUUUUUUCUUAAUGUUUACGUUCAAAUAAUUAUGUACAAAAAAAUCACCACCUUCAAUAGAUAAAAUAAUAUCAUCGUAUCAAACUGUUUUAGAAAACUAUUUCAGAUUCAACUAUGUACAAAAUCUAUGGUUUUAUUUAUUUACCUUUUAGCCUGCAAACUCUUUUGGUAUUCAGCCACCAAUUCUCUUUGCAACUGUGGAGGACAUUCAGAGUAUUUGAGAAAUUCCAAUGAAAAUUCACCUUUACCUUGAGUAGAAGCUCUUAAAGAGGUGGAAAAUCCAAACAUUGAGUUUAAUGAACACUCGGCAGUAACGGUGAACUCUUCUUGGUUAUUAACGGUUUCCAAAAUUAAUCCUCCUAAUUUGUUAACCAAUCCCACCACACUUCCUUGGUAUUCAUUGGGUGCAUUUACCUCCACCGUCAUAAUGGGUUCCAAAAUGACUGGCUGGGCGUUCAAAAACGCUUGCUUAAAAGCUCCUUGAGUGGCGGUUCUGAAAGAAAACUCAGAAGAAUCAACCAUAUGUGAUUGACCAUCAUUAAGGUGCAUGUGGACUCCCAACACCUUAUGGCCAAUCAAUGGACCUUUGUCCAAAGAGUCGUCAAACCCUUUCUGACAACCAAACAAGAACUUUUCGGGAAUCUUACCUCCCACAAUCAGUUCAGAGAACUUGUUUUCUCCCACCAAAGGCUUCAAUUCUCCAAUAACUCUACCAUAUUGACCAGCACCUCCACUCUGUUUCUUGUGGGUAUAGUCAAAAGUGGUUGGAGCAGUAAUGGCUUCACGAUACGCCACUUGCGGUUUACCAGUAAUACACUCGACCCCGUAUUCACGUUUCAUUCUUUCCACGUAGAUUUCCAAGUGUAAUUCUCCCAUACCUGAAAUGAUGGUUUGCUUGGACUCAGCAUCAAAUCUCACUCUGAAAGUUGGAUCUUCCUUUUGGAAUCUAUUGAUGGCUCUGGAAAAACUUCCAUUAUCCUUGGACUUUGGGUGAAUCGAUAAUGAAAUGACGGCAUCUGGGACGAACAUGGAGCUCAUGGCGAUUUUCUGCUCGGAAUUAGCUCCCACAAAAGUAUCACCAGAAGCACAGUCUAUACCGAAAGUAGCACAAAUCUCACCGGCUCCAACCUCUUCAACAUCCUCCAUAUCAUUUGAAUGCAUUCUGGCUAACCGAGAAACCUUGAGUUUCUUUCCGGACUUGAGGUGAUUAAUGUAAGCACCCUUCUUCAACUUACCUUGGUAAACUCUGAUGUACGUUAAUUGACCAAAUCUACCUUCCUCCAAUUUGAAGGCCAAUCCAACAAAUGGUUCACUGCUUGAAGGUACCAAGUUAACAGGUUUUUCUUCGGCCGUGGUGACAUCUAAACCUCUGUUCAAAAUUUCAUUUGGUUGAGGUAAGUAAUCGACAACCGCAUCUAAGACAGGUUGGACACCUUUAUUGGCUAAGGCUGAACCCAUCAACACAGGGGUGAAUUUUCUGCCGAUGGUGGCUCUUCUAAUAGCACUCUUAAUCUGCUCAACAGUUGGCUCUUCACCUUCCAAGUAAAUGUCAGCCAUUUCAUCGUCUACAUCAGCCAAAGUUUCAAUCAAUAAAGCUCUCUUUUCUUCCACCAA